AUGUUAGUUUUCUUAUCUCUUGACCCCUAUUCACAUCUUUUGCUGCUCCGCUGUGGAGAUGUUGAAUUAAAUCCAGGCCCUGUUAGAUCACGUCGUCAUACAUGUAGGGUCUUGUACUCCAACAUCAGAGGUCUCUUUGCCAACCUUAAGGACGUUUCUGUUGUCAGCCAAUGUCAUGACGUGAUCAUCUGCGCAGAGACUCUCGUUUCUGACUACCGAUAUGACUCCGAACUCAUGAUUCCCGGGUUCAGCAAGCCGCUUUUCAUUCGUCGCAGUGUAGCUAAAAGGAGACGUGGCAUGUCGGUUCACAUUCGCGAAGGCUUCUCAGCUCAUCGGAAAGCGAAAUACGAGUAUACGUGUCAUGAAACUGUCGUCAUUCGUGUAUGUGCGCAGCUCCAGAAUUUUUACAUCCUUGGCUCUUACCGAAACCCUGACAGUGACGAUACUAUCUUUGACUGCUUGUUAAUGGCAAUGGCAAUGAUUCAAGAUGAGGACCGAAAGGCAGCCUUUGUUUUUGCUGGUGAUUAUAAUGCCCAUCACCGUGAAUGGCUUGAAUCAGUUUCUCCAACUGACUCCCAUGGUCGUGCUGCUCUUGAUUUUGCGAAUGUCUCUGGAUGUUCUCAGUUAGUUGUGGGUCCAACACAUCUGGCUGGCAAUCGGCUUGAUCUUGUCUUUACCGACGUACCAGAGACAGUCAAGGUAACCACUAUGGCACCUCUUGGCACAUCAGAUCACUCUGCGAUUAGUAUUCAACUUAACUUGAGACAAAAUAUUCCUGCAUACACAGUCACCAAAGAGGUCUUCUUGAAGGGGCGCGUUAAUUGGAGCUCUGGCAGAGAAGACGUUUCUCGUAUUCGUCUAGGACCGGUCUUGAGCUACCCUGAUCCUGUCUCAGCAUUGAAUGAGGAACUGAAGCGUAUUAUCUCUCGGAGGGUUCCUGUAAAGAAAGUUUGUUUGCGCUCCAACGACAAGGCCUGGUUCAACAUUGAUUGUCGUACUGCUAGAGACACUAAGCAAGUGGCUUAUCGCAGGUGGUCACACUUAAGGACACGUGAAACUUGGGAUGCGUACACUGUUGCCAGAGCUUCCUGUGCGGCAGUCUACAGGACUGCUGAGAGCGAAUAUUUUACCUCUGCGAAAGAAAAACUAUCCACUGCAUCUGACCCGCACAAGUGGUGGUCCACGCUGAAGUCAGUUGUCUUUGGUUUGCGACCAUCUCUCCCUGCUCUGCUUUCUGAUACUGGACAGCUGAUCACAAGUCCAAAAGGCAAAGCUGAUCUGCUGAUGAAACACUUUGACUCCAAGCUCUAUCGAGCUCCAGACCCCACCAGCGAGUUGCCUCCCGCCAUGCCAGUCUUGACAAAACUGGCUUUUAGGUCUAAGGAAGUCAUGAGACUACUUUUAGCACUCGACUCCCAUGGCGGCACGGAUCCGCUUGGGAUGUUUCCUAUGUUUCUGAAGGAAACAGCUGCAGUUCUUGCUCCCAAACUGAGUGCAACUGAGUGCAGUCUUCAGACGCCUAAUCCUGACCGGUAG